AUGUCUUCGAUUAAUAGUAGCUCAUCUCCCUAUCCAUUUUUAUUUGCUGUCUUAGGUGUUCCAUUAAUUGAUGGUGGAACAGCUCGCCUUCCCCAUCUUAUAGGUCUGUCCAGGGCACUUGAUCUUAUUCUUACUGGACGACAAGUUUCAGCAAAGGAAGCAUUCGAGAUAGGACUCGCUAAUCGGCUUGUUGCGUGUGGCACUUCUCUUGGCCAAGCUGUUAAUCUAGCCUCUUCUCUUGUCAAGUUUCCUCAGAAGUGCUUGAGAGUCGACAGACGUUCCACCUACUAUUCAUCGUUUGAAGCAAAGUCUUUAACUGAUGCUCUUCGGUUUGAAUGGGAACAUGGGAAAAGCAUUAUUACAGAGGAAUCAAUUUCAGGAGCCCAGAAAUUUAUGGAGGGUGUUGGAAGACAUGGCAAAUUCCAUUUAGACCAAACAAAAACAACGAAAGAAAGCUAGUGACUCUAUAACUUCAUGUUCUCAAACUGAAGCUAUCUUCCUUGAAAUGGUAUUUCCCUGGAGUAUGACCUGAAGCUUCAAAGAAAUGUUAGAGCAGGACGAUAAAUUUAAUUGAUUGGCAGCAAAUAACAUGAUAAUGCUAGAGUUUACACAUUUUUGUCUGUACUAUUUUGAAAGAAGAUAUCGUAUUGCAAUUGUAGAACAAUCUGAAUAAACAACUUUUAUAAUUGAA